AUGGCAGCACCCUUUCCGCACAUCGCGGCUCGAAGCUACAGUGCAAAUACAACAUACGUAUAUGAGUACUCCAGGGGACUGGGCGGCGUGGAUGUCCCCCGCGAUGUGAUCAUCACGCGAAUCAUCUACGCAUCGCUCGCCAUCCUCGCUGUCGCAUUGUUUUGUGGCCGAAUCGCCCAGAUCAGCCAUGCCUACCUGCGUCAAAUCACCGCCUCGGGGACCACGAAACGGGAACAGACCUUCUGGGCACAGGAGAGCUCCUCAUGGUGGCCCAACCUCAAGAAACACUUCUUGUAUGCCCCAUUAGGCAAGAAGCGACACAACCGAGAGAUGCAGCUGUCGUCGGCUCUCAACGUCGGCACUCUCCCCUCCCGGCUGCAAGCCAUCCUGGUCGUUCUCUACUUCAUCAGUCAGGUUGUCUACUGCGUCUACCUGGACUACAGGGUCAAUGAAAAGAAAGCCCUGAUCGCGGAGCUUCGUGGUCGCUCCGGCACGCUGGCCGUCCUCAACAUGGUUCCUCUCUUCCUCCUCGCAGGCCGAAACAACCCUCUCAUCUCAAUCCUGCACAUCAGCUUUGACACCUACAAUCUGCUCCACCGCUGGCUGGGCCGCAUGGUGGUCCUCGAAUCCGUCGUGCACACGGCAGCAUGGGCUGUCAAUGCCUGUGACGAGCAAGACUUCAACCACAUGCUGGCCCGAGUCCGUGACACUCCCUUCUUCGCCUGGGGUCUCGUUGGCACCGUCUCCAUGAUCUUUCUCUGUCUGCACUCGCCCUCCCCAAUCCGCCACGCCUUCUACGAGACUUUCCUCCACCUCCACCAGCUCGCAGCAGUCUUCGCCUUCCUCGGCGUCUACCUCCACCUCCAGAUAGACAGUCUUCCCCAGCGCAGCUGGUCCCAGGUGAUCGCAGCCAUCUGGCUGCUGGAACGAAGCGCCCGCCUCCUCCGUCUCCUCCACUUGAACGUCUCAACAUCCGGCACAACUUCAAUGACAGUAACAGCCCUCCCAGGCGAAGCCUGCCGAGUCACCUUCCAUCUCCCAAAACAAAUCCCCAUCCAACCGGGCUGCCACGUCUUCGCCUACAUCCCAGCCACAGUCCCUACGCCUUUGCGUCCCCUCACACCCCAGCCCACGCCCACUCCUCCUCUCUCUCCCACUCCCUCUCAAUAUCAAAACACAACCCCAAAUCCUCAAUCUCAAACCCAAUCCCCCUCACCCCUUCCUCCCUCGAAAAACAAUCCUUCCAAUUCCCCUUACCCCCCACACACCACCUCCUCCCCAAAAACCCAAGUCACCCUCAUCAUCUCUGCCCGCGCAGGCAUGACCCGCCGCCUCUACAACCUCGCCAACAACGCCCCCCAAAAGUCCCUCUCCCUCCCAGGCUUCAUAGAAGGCCCCUACGGAAGCCACCCCUCAAACCCAUCCAGCUACGGCACCGCAGUCCUCUUCAGUGCCGGCGCCGGUAUCACUCACCACCUCCUGUACACGAGAUCCCUCCUCCAAGCCGCCGCAGAGGGCACAUGCGCCACCAAGAAGAUCUACCUCGUCUGGUCCGUCCGCUCGACCGAUCACCUGAGCUGGGUUUCGCAGUUCAUGGAUCAGAUCCUGCGUCUCCCCGGUCGACGCGAUAUCCUCGUCGUCAAGCUGUUCGUCUCGAAGCCGCGUCGGGCUGCGGAUAUCGUUAGCCCCUCUGCCACGGUGCUCAUGCAUGGUGGGAGGUGUAGACCGGAGGUGGUUCUUGAUGAGGUUUUGCCGGGGCGGACUGGCGCCGCGCUUGUGAGUGUUUGUGGGCCUGGCGCUUUUGCAGAUGAGGUUAGGUCUGCGGCUCGGGGAUGGAUUGGGAGAGGGGCGGUUGUGGAUUUUGUCGAGGAGGCUUUUACUUGGUGA